CCCUUCAACUCCGGGGACAGUAUCAUCCCCGGAUGGUGGCUGUCCCUGUAAGACCAUGACAGCACCAUCUUCGCCUGAAGAAAUACGAAGCUGGUGAAACGCUCUACAAAAUCCUAUCUCCAUGUAUUAUGCCGACUGCUCCGUUCACACCGCGGAAAUUACAAGAGCAUGUCUUAUCCUCUCCAAAAUACAGGGUUUAAGGUUUACGGAUAAUCCAACUCUUACUGGACGAUGGUGCUUCUAUGUCAACCUUCCGCUGGGUGCGGUCCCUGCUACCGUGCUAUUGUUCUUUCGAGGAAGUGAAGAUGGGGGCAAAGUUAGCUUCAUCGAUCAGCUGAAACAGAUGGAUCUCUUCGGAUCUCUGGGGGUGUCGGUGAAGAAGGGGACGGAGGAAAGUACCGGAUCUGCAUAUAAUAGGGUAUUGACCAUUCCUUGA